AUGCACACCGGCCGCCGUUCGGGCGGACGGUGUUUGGACGAGAAUGGGGAGCAGCCAGCUAACUUUGACAUUGUGAAUUGGGUGAUGUUCCCCAAUGAGUCUCGUGUCAUGGUGAACAUUGGGAGUGUGAGGAGAGAGGCAUCUGCCGGAAUGAAGCUGACCAUUAACCCAGAAGCCGUUGUGUGGCCCAAGCAGUUUAACAAGGCUGUGCCUCGUUCUAGGUGUACCAAAAGAUGUCAACUGGGAUAUGCCAAGGUGGUUCUAGAAGGAGAGCCUGUUUGCUGCUAUGCUUGUGCUCCUUGUGCUGAAGGGACCAUCUCCACUCAGGAAGUGAGGCUGAGGCCACUCUAUCUCACUUCCACAGAUGCUGAACAUUGCAGCAAAUGCCCAGAAGAUCAGCAUCCAAACAAGGACCAAGAUCAAUGUGUCCCCAAGAGUAUCAUCUUGCUGGCUUAUGAAGAACAUCUGGGAAUCACCUUGGUUUCCAUUGCCAUCUUCUUCUCUUCAACAGCUUGCACCAUAUUAGGAAUCUUCAUUAAAUACAAGGAAACUCCAAUAGUCAAAGCCAACAACCGGGAUCUCUCCUACAUUCUGCUUGUCUCCCUUCUGCUUUCCUUUUUGUCCUCCUUCCUCUUCAUUGGCCCACCAAGGAAAGUGGCCUGCCUUCUUAGGCAAACAGCCUUCAGCAUCAUCUUCUCAGUUGCUGUUUCUUCUGUGUUGGCAAAAACCAUAAUGGUGGUGCUUGCCUUCCUGGCCACUAAGCCAGGGAACAGGGUGAGGAGAUGGCUGGGGAAGAGUCUGGCCAACUCCAUUGUCAUUUCCUGUUCCAGUGUCCAAGUUGUCAUCUGCACCAUCUGGCUGGGGAUUUCGCCCCCAUUCCCAGAGUCUGACAUGCACUCCCAGCCCCGAGAGAUCAUCCUGCAGUGCAACGAAGGGUCUGUGGCCAUGUUUUAUGGUGCUCUUGGCUACAUGGGCUUCCUGGCUGCCAUCUGCUUCAUUGUGGCUUUCCUAGCCAGGAAGCUGCCUGGGGCCUUCAAUGAAGCCAAGCUGAUCGCCUUCAGCAUGCUGGUCUUCUGCAGUGUUUGGGUGUCCUUUGUGCCCACCUACCUGAGCACCAAGGGGAAGUACAUGGUAGCCGUGCAGGUUUUCUCCAUCUUGGCCUCCAGUGCUGGGCUUCUGGGCUGCAUCUUCAUUCCCAAGUGCUACAUUAUUGUGCUGAGGCCUGAUCUGAAUACAAAGGAGCACUUGACUACAAAAACUUAAGAUGACAUCUUAUGCUUUAAUGAUUCAAUGUUGACUAUGCCCACCACUGAAGAAAUGAAGCAUGCUUACUUGUCUUCAGAUUAUUUAUCCAUAUAGAUCUCUCCACUUUGAGUACAUCAUGAAUAAACAAAAUGAUUACGUAAUAACUGCAAUGGUUACUGGGCUGAAUCUUUAAUAUGUUUUGCUUUAUCUCUGCCUAAUUUCCACUAGAUAACCGAGCCUUUAUGCUGCUAAUGCUAAUGUGGAUCAGUUAUUAUAUGCUUUCCAGAAAUAGGGCACAGGGAGAAACCCAGUUAUCUUUAUAUCAUUUUUGAUGUGGCAUGGAAAUGGUUG